AUGUCCAACUUCCUCCAAUCCCACCCCCCUCACAUCCUCUCCCUCCUGGACCGCCUCCACGCAGAAUCAACCACCCAGGAAUCCUCCAUCCCCCGAUCAGCCUACACCACCCCGUCCACAGACUCCUUCCACACCCUCAUGCGCGAUAAAUUCAUCGCCCUCGAGCAAGACAAGUGCCACUUCAUCUACCAGCUCGCCCGCACCCUCAACGCAACAACCAUCGUCGAAGCAGGCACCUCCUACGGCGUCAGCACCAUCUACCUCGCCCUCGCCGUGACGGAUAACCUCGCCGCUGCGACUACCCCCGGCAAAGGGACGGUCAUCGCGACCGAAUACGAGCCGGCCAAGGCCGAGCAGGCGCGCAAGCAUUGGGCCGAGUGCGGGGAGACCAUCAGUAGCGUGAUUGACCUGCGCGAGGGCGAUCUGCGGGAGACGCUCAAGACGGACCUCCCUGACCAGGUCGAUAUGCUUCUUCUUGAUAUCUGGACGCCGAUGGCGCUUCCCACGCUGAAGCUCGUCCAGCCGAAGCUGAGGUAUGGCGCUGUCGUGGUGGCGGAUAACACGCUGAGCUCGGCGGAGGGAUACAAGGAGCUGCUGGAGUAUGUGCGUGCUCCUGGCAGUGGGUUUAGUACUUUGACGUUGCCGUAUAAGGGGGGUCUGGAGAUGAUUGUUUACCUCCCGCGCCAGUAG